AUGUCUGCGCUGCCUGUCCCCGCGUCUCUUCAAAAAAGCCUUGAUGCAACCAAGGUCGAAUAUGUCCGCCUAGGAACCUCCGGCCUCAAAGUCUCUGUGCCCAUCCUGGGUGGAAUGUCUCUUGGAUCCAGUGAAUGGCAAGACUGGGUACUCAACGAGGAAGAAUCUUGCGAAAUCCUCAAGGCUGCCUACGACCGCGGCAUCAACACCUAG